CUACGCCUGCGCAGCGUUGCUGCGGGGCCAGUCGGGACAGAGGAGACAAGAUGGCGCUGCGGGCGAUGCGGGGGAUUGUGAACGGGGCGGCACCCGAGCUACCCGUGCCCACCAGUGGGCCAGUGGUGGGAUCUCGGGAGCAGGCGCUGGCAGUGAGCCGGAACUACCUCUCCCAGCCUCGCCUCACGUACAAGACAGUGUCUGGAGUCAAUGGUCCACUCGUGAUCUUAGAUCAUGUUAAGUUUCCCAGAUAUGCUGAGAUUGUUCACUUGACAUUACCAGAUGGCACAAGGAGAAGUGGGCAGGUUCUAGAAGUUAGUGGUUCCAAAGCAGUGGUUCAGGUAUUUGAAGGAACUUCAGGUAUUGAUGCCAAGAAAACAUCUUGUGAAUUUACUGGGGAUAUUCUCCGAACACCAGUGUCUGAGGAUAUGCUUGGUCGGGUAUUCAAUGGAUCAGGAAAACCUAUCGACAGAGGCCCGGCUGUCCUGGCUGAAGACUUUCUUGACAUCAUGGGCCAGCCAAUCAAUCCUCAGUGUCGAAUCUACCCAGAGGAGAUGAUUCAGACAGGCAUUUCGGCCAUCGAUGGCAUGAACAGCAUUGCUCGGGGGCAGAAAAUCCCUAUCUUCUCUGCUGCUGGCUUACCACACAAUGAGAUUGCAGCUCAGAUCUGCCGCCAGGCUGGUUUGGUAAAGAAAUCCAAAGAUGUAGUGGACUACAGUGAGGAAAAUUUUGCAAUUGUGUUUGCUGCUAUGGGUGUAAACAUGGAAACCGCCCGGUUUUUCAAAUCCGACUUUGAAGAAAAUGGCUCCAUGGACAAUGUCUGCCUCUUUUUGAACUUGGCUAAUGACCCUACUAUUGAACGAAUCAUCACUCCUCGCUUGGCUCUCACCACAGCUGAAUUUCUGGCCUAUCAGUGUGAGAAACAUGUGUUGGUUAUCCUGACAGACAUGAGUUCUUAUGCUGAAGCACUGCGAGAGGUUUCAGCUGCCAGGGAGGAGGUUCCUGGUCGACGAGGUUUCCCAGGUUACAUGUACACAGAUUUAGCCACAAUAUACGAACGCGCUGGUCGAGUGGAAGGUAGAAACGGCUCUAUUACUCAAAUCCCUAUUCUCACCAUGCCCAAUGAUGAUAUCACUCACCCCAUCCCUGACUUGACUGGAUAUAUCACAGAGGGGCAGAUCUAUGUGGACAGGCAGCUGCACAACAGACAGAUUUACCCACCCAUUAAUGUGCUGCCCUCAUUGUCACGGUUAAUGAAGUCUGCUAUUGGUGAAGGUAUGACCAGAAAGGAUCACGCUGACGUCUCCAACCAGCUGUACGCAUGCUAUGCUAUCGGAAAGGACGUGCAGGCCAUGAAAGCCGUGGUUGGAGAAGAAGCCCUCACCUCAGACGACCUUCUUUACUUGGAGUUUCUGCAGAAGUUUGAGAGGAACUUUAUUGCUCAGGGUCCUUACGAAAACCGCACUGUCUUUGAGACUUUGGACAUUGGCUGGCAGCUGCUCCGAAUUUUCCCCAAAGAAAUGCUGAAGAGAAUCCCUCAGAGCACCCUGAGUGAAUUCUACCCGCGGGACUCCACAAAGCACUAGCUGCCACUCAUCGCUGGCUCAAUACCCUUGUGACAUACUGGUUCUGCUGUCCGUACCCUUUCGCGCCCCCCAUUACCACCUUUGUGUUGGAGUUUACCAUGUUACCCUGUAAUUAAGAACAGAAUAGGUGACAUCCUGUGCCAGUGUUGCCGUGUCUUAAACUGCUAACAGACUUUAAAAUAUCCCCUGUUCAGAAAUCCUGGAUUUUCCAUGCUUUGUUUAAAGUAGCAGCAGGGAUGGAGGUGAGAUUUCUUACUGAUGUGUGUAUUUGUACAUAGUGGGUAGCCAGUUGCCUGAUGGUGUCCUCAGUAUUUGGAUGUUUAGACCUCCCCCCCCCCACCUGCUCAAGAAUAUCGCUAUCGGAAGUUACAAUGCUCUCAUCUUCAAAUCAGGCAGGGCAGAAGGAAGCCUCCUUGUGGAAGAGCCCCGGGCCCUCUCUCCUGAGCAUCACGUUCGCGUUGUCAGUGUGCCGCUGGGUCUGUGCUGCUGCUCUGGCAGCCGGCCUGUGCUGUCCCCCUGCUCCUCCCUUUCAUGAGUAGAGCAGAAAAGGAGCCCCUCGUCCUCUUCAGGACGCACGGGUCGGGCCCCCCGUGUGACUGUCUGCCCUCCCUCUGAGGAGUGCAGUCACCGGCUUUCGCACAGCUGGUGUUGAUCUGAUAGUGGUGGGACACCUUGUCUUGAUCCCUACUGAGCUUUCAUGCAAAGGGAUCCUAAUGAAAAUGACUAGUGCAUUGUUGCUUGGAAAGACUUGGGGGUACAAUAAAGAAGGGGAACCUAUACCCAUUUUACGCUUGGACACACUAACAGUGGUGUAAUUUUCUAAAGUGUUCGCCAGGUGCUGAAGGCAAGGCGGCAGGAGAAAGCUCUGCUGCGCGUGGAUAUUUUAAACUCUGUUAGGGAGCAGCCUCUGGAAAACCCCGUAUUUGGUCCUGCUCUCUGACCUAUCUCUGCCUCUUCAGGGUCAUCUUGUGGCACAAGUGAUAGCGUUUAAAAGCUUUAGCCUUUUAAUUCCUGCUCCUUCCAGCUCUGAGCCCUGGGCUGUCUUCUCUGCACUCCACUGUGUCUCCUGCGAGCUCCAUGUUCUUUGUUACUUGGGCGCAAUGGCGACUUCUCUGUGCAUUCCAUCCUUCAAGUUGUGUAAAGUUCUUCACUUUUUUCUCCGAGGGUGUUGGGGGGUUGGGGGGAGUCAGCAUGAUUAUAUUUUAAUGUAGGAAAUGUGACAUCUGGAUAUAAAGUAAAAAUAAAUAUUAAAUUAAUGGAAGUGAUCUAAAGUGAUUCUGUGUCUUCUAAUCAGAAAAACAGCAGCAACAAGCAAGUGUAUACAGUGGUACACCUCUUAGAUUCCCGGUUUAGAGCAUCACAAGCAGUGUUGUGAGCCAGCCCUUUGGGUUACAAGGAGCAUGGCCAGGUUCUGUGCCCUCUGGUUGUCAGGCUGCCCUUCUCAGGCUCUUUGUGGCACCUCUUCCAACAACUCUGCAGUCUGAUCCCGUGCUGAAAGUCGCUGCGGGGUCUGUAUCGUUCUUUGUUUCAGACAUUUUCAGGACCUCUAGGCCCAUCUGCCACAAUGAGAGUGGGCAUAGAUAGAAAAUGAAAUACAGAUUGAAGCAAGCCAAAACUCACUUCAAAUAAAGUUUUAAGUAGCCCUGGCUGGUGUGGGAGCAUCAUCCCCUAAACCGAAAGGUUGCAGGUUCGAUUCCGGUCAAGGCCUGUACCUAGGGUGUAAGUGGGUUUGGUCCCUGGUCAGGGUGUGUGUGAGAGGCAGCCAGUCACUGUUUCUCACAUUGAUGUUUCUCUCUCUCCCUCUCCUUCCCUCACUCUAAAAUCAGUAGGCAUGUCCUGGUGUGAGGAUAAAAAUAAAUUUAAAUAGAUGUCCAGUAUGUCAGAAACACUGGUUAAAGCAGCAGGAUGUGGUGGCAUGGGGGCAUCCUGUUUCCAACAGGGAGCGUGUAGGAGAUGCAGAGGAGGGGUCCAGUCACGGCAGGAGCUGGGGAGGCCUGUGGUCUCCUGCUGUUGCCACUAACUGUGGCCGUGCUCAUUUGUCUGUUUGUUAUGUUCCUUCUAGGGCUGUAGUGGGGUACAGACCCCAAAGAGGGGUUGGUAACGGGGCCCAGAACUCAAGGUGACCAGGAAAUAAACAUAGGAUAUCCCACCCCCACAAGUCUGGACUGGCUGGUGGGACACAUGGAGCAGGGCCAUUGAGUUAUUUUGCAUAUCAACAAGUGUAGCUAGGGGGAUAUGCAUAACAGACCUUGUGAUGUAACUGGGAGGCCGUUCCCUCUGGUUACAGUGCUUGUGUGAGAGCUUGGAGGUGGCUUGCUCCAUGCCAAGGGGCCAUGCCUGCCGGGACUGGCAGCCAAAGAAGGCAGAAAGCAGUGGAGGGCGGGCAGGUGUAGCUGAUUGUGGGAGGAGCCGGAAAUGGGGUUGCAGAGGAAGAUCCACGCUGGCAUUUAAGCACAGGUGCACCAGCCAUGUGGGUUCUAAUCACACAGUUUUGGGGAUUUGAACCACGUGGCUUAGGCAGCAGGAAGGCAAGAUGUAGCAGACACACAGAGUUCUCAGUGGUUCGGGAGAAUGCAAGAGAGACAAUGCAAGAAGGAAAGGGGUGAAAGGACUCUUGCUGGUGGGCCUUGAGUAGGUGCUACGUGGGUUUGGAUUAAGAACUGGGAUCACGGAAGUGACACAGCUGACGGUGCUGGGAACCGCUGAGCACGGAUUACUGGGAGGAACCGGGAGAGGAACCAUGAGCUGCUGUCUUCUGUUUUUCCUUCUGGAGGGCCAUGCUUCUGACUGGUGUGCUCUGGGGCUGGCCUGACUGGGCAGAAGGGGGAGGGCAGGCCUGUGUGUUUAUGGGUGUAUCUUCAUUUCUAAAGGGAGUGAGAUUUAACAGCGGAAUUCUGCCAUUAUUCUAAACCUGUAUAACCGUUAUUUAAAUGGUUCCUUUCCUUUUUACCAAACUCUGGCACCAAGAGCCACAAUUCCUAAGGGCGGCAGGCAAAGAAUAAUAGUAGAGAGAGACCCCCCCGUGGGUCCAUUCUGUAACAGGGUUAUUCCAAGGACUAAAGGUUUUGUGUGUGAGACACCAGAACAGUGGUCCAUGGUGGACACUCAGAGUAGGCUACUUUUAUUAACAAACUUUUAUUAAGGCAGAUUGGCUUAGUACUCAUAUAAUACUUAGGAGUAGUUGGUUGGGUAGUACUCCUGUUAAUUUGUUACUCCUUUUUUAGUGAAAACAUUUUCUCAGUGUACCUUUUUCUAUCGGUGAUAAAAGCUAAUUAAAAGGCCCAUUAAAAUUA